UGGGCAAUUUUUUCCGACUUUUUACACAGACAACAGAAUUUCCAUUCCUUUAUGGCAUUAAUGCUCUGGAACAAUCGAUGCCCGCAAAUAAAUUCCGCACCUCCUGCUAUUAAUUAGGGCACCACCUUCUUCUCCUCCAUCUCCAUUAACAACCCUAGCUGCUUCUUAAAUGCACCAUCCAGCUCUCAUGUACGUGCACGCGCGGGACUUCCCUGCUCAUCUCCUAAAUGACAUCCGGUGAAGUACAAAUUUACAACUCUGCAAAAGGGGAAACAAUGGCAUUGGAGCGGAAGCUAAGAGUCGGAGAGUUAGUGCUUCGGCUAGCUGUGUCGGGGCUGGGAGUUGCAGCAGCAGCUCUGGUGGGGAGUGAUAGCCAGGUGAAGAGAUUCUUCUCGUUGGAAAAGAAGGCGAGGUUUACCGAUAUGAAGGUUUUAGUGUUUUUGGUGGUGGCGAAUGGGGCGGCCGCUGGGUAUAGUUUGUUGCAGGGGAUUUGCUGCGUGGUGAGAAUGAUGAAGGGGAGUGUCGUUUACAGCAAGGGAUUGGCGUGGGUUAUUUUUGCCUGCGAUCAGGUGAUGGCUUAUGUAACAUUAUCAGCAGCAGCAGCAGCUUUGCAAUCUGCAGUGCUUGGCCAGUAUGGCCAACCAGAGCUCCAAUGGAUGAAGAUCUGCAAUUUCUACAGAAAGUAUUGCACGCAGGGAGGGGAAGGGUUACUUUGCGCUUUCAUAGCGAGCUUAGUUCUCAUAAUCCUUUCCUGCUUCUCUGCCUUCAAUCUCUUCAGGCUUUAUGGUUCUAAGAAGCAACUAAGACAGACCAGCAAUGGAAGCUGGUAAGAUUGCAAUUUUCUGUGCAAUUAACUUAUUUAUAGUAUUUUUAUGUUUUUUUUUUUAAAUUAAUUAUAGUUUUUGGGCUGCUGUAAUUAUAGUGCGGUUUUAUAAUGGAUUUAGGAUUAAGAUAUGUUAACCGAACUCACUCUGUUUGUAUCUAUAUAAUCGUAUGGUGGUUUGGUGUGGAUGUGCUGAGCUUUGUUAUAGCUUUUUUUAGGGGCAUUUACAUACAUACCGCUCAUUUCUUAUGUAUUUACAUAUCCA